GUUACAUGAUCUGCAAUCUCUUUUAUGGCAUCUACUUGCUCCUGUAAGAACUCAGUCUCCAAGAAGUCCAGGAAAUUUGGGUCAUUGUGAGUUCCACCGAGAGCAUGCAGUUCAAGAAGAGACUGAAAAAAAAUUGAUGUGAAGUAAAAAUUUUCAGUUCCGAAAUAAUUCGUUUGAUAUUUCAUUGGUAAUAAUUUGAAAGAAUCAAAUGAAUUGGAAGGUAGGCUGUCGUAAAAAUGAACAUAUUCCCCCAAAUUUCUGUAUUACUUUUUUACAUUUUUCUUUCAAUCAAUCACAAUGCAAUAUUCGAGAUCUUCUUUUCCAUCCAAAACUUGGAUUUUAUUAUUCGACAUCAGAUGUUAUUUGUAGGAAAAAUAAUUUAGAAAUAAGGUAAAGACUCAUUAAAUCACUCCCUAUUUAAAAAUAUAAAGAAUGGACUUUCGUCCGUAUAUCGUGCAUUCCCACGUUCCAGGGCGAGAGCACUCAAACGAGUUAAUUAAUUAUAUUACUGAUCGCUAAAUUGUUUGCUUGAUAUCAUAUCUUUGUACUUACAACCAGAAUCUACAAUAUUCGGACGAAUGUCCAUUCUUUCAAUUGUUUAAUAGGGAAUGAUUUAAUGAAUCUUUACUUUAUUUAAAUUAUUCUUCUUACAAUAAAUUAUUUUGCCUGUAAUAAUUUUGACCAAUGGAUGCCUUCGAGAAAAGUACACGGCAUGACAACCGAUUAUUUUUAUAUAUAUUUUGUAUUAUUUAGUUAAAAGCUUUAAUCUUUUCAGAUAUUUCGAUAUCUGUGGAUAGAAGAAUAAGCACCUGAAAUAGGGUAGUUCCUACACGUACGGUUACUCAUUCAUAAAUAUAUCCGGAGCUAAUCAACCAAUUUAAAAAAUGAAAUAUCAGUUAUUCAUCAGGACAAGGAACAACUUUUGUUUGGAAAAUAAUCAAUAUGCUAUUGCUACAUGGAGAGAAAAAGACAUGACAAUCCCAAGCGAGCCCCUCAAAAAUUGGUGUGCUACCCACUAGCCGUGGGACUAACCAGGGGUCACCAAAAAGUUCGGAUGGUCCACCGAAAAAUUUAAAUGUGACACAUUAAUUUUUGAAGAUCUUGCCCAUGUAAAAAAUUAACAAAAUUUAAAAUUUAACCUGAGUCUCGGAGGGAGCUCACACUUCCUUUUUCCCCGAAAAAAUUAACAUCAGAAACCAUUAGGGCAUCCUGCAAAUGACGACAACAUCUCUAAUUCCGUUUUAAAUCUGUUUGGAGAAGACCUGAGGCAAGAAGAGGAGACGCCGAAAAAAUCUCUUGGGGUCACAUGAAGAGGACCCUAAUCUAGUGCAUGACAUACACCUGAUCACGAGUCUCCACAGUGAGUGGUGAACAUCGGGGCAAAUCACCCCAAAUAGGAAUCCCGAGGAGCACCGAAAAUGAAAUAAUAAUAAUUCAAAUUCGAUCACUCUCAAUGCCCGAAGUUUAGAGUCAAUGUUCGUGCUGAGGCAAUUCAAGAUUAGAAAGGGGAACGAUAACCCCCACCCCUUGAUUUUUCACGAUUUUGCGGAAACUAGGUCUACAUGCGAAAAACCGAGACUCCGCAGUCCUUCCUGAGGCCUCGUAACAGAAGUUAUCGCAGGAGCAGAUUUUAUAACACAUUUAAUAGUUAGAGAUUUUUUAUUAACAGUAAUAGGAUUGAUGUUGUGAAGUGAAACAUUUUGAGUAAUAGAGUUAGAGUUAUAUUUUUGGACUUGCUGGAAAUGAGACGCCUUCCUGGACGACCCUGAACGUUAACUUGCGGGCUGAGUGAGAUAAGUACCAGUGAUACAGUCAAAUGUAUGGUUUUCCUCGGUCUCAAAUCAUUUUGAGGGGGAAUCUGCCCCACAUUGAAGUUGACAUACGCUACGAAACGUUGCCCUUAUGACUUUCCGAUCACUCCCAGAGAUUCCUACCAAGCCAUCGAAUUGGCUACCAUUGGUUUCAGUGGUGGUAAACUAGGAAAUAACCUCGAAUGAGCCAUUAUUCAGUCAAUCGAAUGUUAACAAUAUCACUGUUCGCUUUACGAAAUGUCAUGUGUUCUAUAAACACUUCAUUCACAAUAAUUAAUUUAAAAAAUGCGUGAUGAGUGCUUUAUCACCUUCAACACUCGAUAACUGAAAGGUCAUCGAAAAGUGCGACUGAAAAAAGAAAACCAGAUACGAUGGCGAAAUUAGGAUCCUACCGAAUAUUUCUCAUGUUUUUCGAACUGAUUCUGGGUAUAUCAGCAACCACUGACUGGGUGGUCACUGAGAACGGGAGGAUACAACCACAACCCGACUCUGUAUAUAAUAUGAGAAGGCCCUACGACCUCCCAGCAUUUUUAGAGCAAGAAAACCGAAUUAAUGCAGUGAAGGCCCUGCAUCAAAAAAUCUUAGCAAGAAAAGAAUUCCUAGAUAGUCAAAUGACUGUGUUAAACUCGAUAGGAGAUCUUGAAUCCUGGUUACAAGCUUCGAAUCCUGACUGUAUAUCCAGCAGAAAAUUGCUGGAAGAUUUUGAUUUCUACGCUAGUGUAGCCACCGAUGGAAGCUAUAGGAAAGGAGUAACUCACAAAGAUUAUUUGCUCCAUGGAAUACCUAACGAGGAGAAGAAGAGAAUACCAGACUGCAAGAAGACUUUUCCCCUUGACUUUAGCAUGUAUACUUUUGAUCAUUUGAAUGCAAUGAGGAAUAGAAAGAAUUUGUCGCAGCAUCAGGAGAAAGGAUUAAUUAAAUAUCUACCAGAGGGUACAGAUUUGAAUAAAUUUGGCCAUCAGAUUGCCCAUGGAUUGUUAAGGAAUAGUACGUCAUGGUUGCAUCUCAAUCUUGCUGCUAUUUAUUGGAGAGUGAGAGGAGAUGCUUACAACGCAUUGGAAUGUGCUCGUCGAUCUAUUGUUACGGCUCCGAGAGAAUUCCGAGACAUCCCUUUGCUGACAACUGGAGGCAUUCUUCACGCAGCAAAACAUUCAGCUGAGGCUGCAAUUGUUCUUCACGCAGCGAUAGACUAUGCACCAACGCAGAGUCAUCAGCAUUUAGCCCUUGGUCAUGUUUAUGCUAUUUUGGGUGAUUACAAUCGAUCUAUUGCUUGUUAUGAUAAUUCAUUGAAACUAACGCCGAGUAUGGAACAGGCAAAACAGGCUAAAUUCGUUAUAUUGUGCUGCCAGAGCUUAGGAAAAUCCUUGGGAGCUUUACAGAAGCAACUAGAUGAUAUUGUAGAGGAACUACACGCCCAACAGAAUGACGAUGCCGAAUGUCUGAAGCUAGAAGAAAAAAUCCUAUGUGAAAGAAUGACAUCUCCAUUUCUAGCUCUUCGUGCUCAGCGUUUAUGUCCAAUGUUAUCAUCACGCGGACAAGUAUGCACGCACCGAGAUGGUGACGAUGCAACACUAUCCUGUCAAAGUGUGACAGACAAUCAAAUCUUUGCUCACAACUUACAGAUUGACAUUGAUGUCAGUCUGGAGCAACUGAAGAAUGUCGAAAAUCAAGUGGAAAAGAUGAAUGAUCGAAUGACGAGUACAAAAGUUAUGCAUUCAACGACUGAUCGCCCAGGUAAAACGAAGGAUAGUAGUAACGAGAGGAACCCUGAAUUUUUUUCUGUAUUUAUGGAACCAACUAAUAAACCAAAGUACCAUAAUCUUGAAAUUGAGAAGAGUAGCGCUGAUUUUGAGGGUCAAAAUUGGCCGACUUCGGGCGAAUGCGACAGGCAGGAACUGUUGCUGAGUGAUACAACACAAUACAUACCAAUUUAUUUAUCACCAGAGUAUAAAGGAUAUGCCAUUCAACUAUUUGUUAAUGAACUGAUUGGCAUUGGUGCAGGGAAGGGGCAUGAUUUACCUUGGUAUCCACCGACUUGUCAGUCCCCCGAGACUUACGACCAAAAAUUUAUUUCUCAAUCAUUGCUGAAAGCAACGCUGGGGAGUAAUUCACCCGAUUCUAGUCUCAGAGAACCUUUAUUGAGUUUAGUGAAGGAGGCAGAAAUUGCAGAGAUUGGGCAGAGGAUUUUGACUGCAACGAAAUCAAAGGUUGCAGCACCUUGGGUACUCUCGGUAUUGGCAUCUCUACACUGGCGAGUAGUUGGAAAGUCACGAAAUGCACUCGACUGUCUUCAGUUAGCUUUGAAUACUGUGCCUAAACGGUUUAAAGAUGUUCCGCUGGUUAGUAUCGCUUCCAUUGCACAGAAGGCUGGACUCGUUGAAGAGGCGCUGAAGAUUACGAAGGAGGCUAUUCGUAUAAACGCAGUUGAGCCCCUCACGAAUUAUCUGUAUGGCUCUUUACUCCAUGUGAAAGGAAACAACACCGGUGCCAUAUACCACUUGAAACAAAGUUUAAGAGUGGAGCCUGAUGCAAUGGAUGGAAGAGCAUUGAUGCUUUUAAGGAGCAUCAUUUGUCAAAAACGUGCGAUCAAUCGGAAAGGAGGUUCUUCAGGGUUGAGCACUGGGUCUAACGAUAUGGACACUUGUAGUAUGACAUACUCGUCACCUGAAGUAAUCGCCAGGCAUGAACUACAAGACGGUGAGACUGUACUUUGUCUCGGUGAUGGCAAAGAUUGCAAGCCCAUUCAAUGCUUCGCAAUGAAGAUGAAUGGAGAUGAAUCAACAAAUCCGUAAUCUUUUGUUUGUCAUGAGAGAUGUACAUAAAAAAAAUAGACAUAUCAAAGAGAAAAAAGACCUGUUGUUGGUUCACAUGGUCGAGAUCCCGGGUUCAAGACUUGGGCGCAUAGAAUUGUGCGAGUCAGAGCGAUGUAAAAUAAUAAUUGAAAAAAAAGAAGAAAAAUUUAUAUUACAUUCCGAGUCAAAAAUUAUAUUUUUCUAUGGAAGCCGUGAAAAAAUCUAAGGCCUAUGGCAAAAAAAGGCAUUUACAAAUUGAAUUUUCCCCCUCAAAUAUUUUCCUCAUUUCCUUUCUCCCCUGAAAACCCCAAAUUUGAAUUGCUAGCAUGCCUGGACAGCAAAUAAUGUUUUAUAAAAUUAUUUUGUACAAGUUCUUUAAUAAUAAAAGCCAUUUCAAUGACUUCUUA